AUGUCACUUUGGGAAUACCCCGAGAAGUCUUUAACAAAACCGGAGCUUUGCCCCGUGAAAGUCCACACCUGCGACGCUUGUUCCUACUUUACGGUCUCCAACCUCCGCCUGGCGCACCACCGCAAGAUCCACCAUUCAUCGCUGCUGCAUUUCAAGUGUGAAAGCAGCAAUCUCGAACUAUACUCAUGCAAACAGUGCAACUUCCAAACCGAACUAACCCUUCUUUUCAAACAACACCAGGAAACCCAUCACCGACUAAACAAAGAUUCCACAGACGACCCACACACCAUCCGUAACUACGUUUGCGCCAAGUGCAACUUCGAAACCCACUUUUCGAUCAAGUGGCUUCAACACCAACUAGAGUGUCCUGGAAGCGCAGAAAAAUUAAUUUUUGAUGAAGAUGAAACGAAGAAAGCCGCCUACACGUGGUUUUGUGAGGAGUGUGAUUGUAAAUAUAAAACGAAAUACGCCUUGAAGGCGCACAUUAUGGUGAAACAUUCACACGACGACGAAAUCCGCUGGUUUUUGUGCGAAAUUUGUGCCUACAGGACUAAAUAUAAAGCGGGAUUAAGAAACCACAUGAAUGUGCACCAUUUGGACGAAAGUGACGUGAAAUGGUAUCAAUGCAAAGUGUGUACUUUUAAGGCUAAACAUCAGUCGUCUUUACGGUGCCACGUGAACGUGCACCACUCUGAUGUCCACAGUGCCAAGUGGUACGAGUGUGACAAGUGUGAAUUUCGAACGAAACACAACACUUCGUUGCACCAACACGUCCGAAGAUUUCAUUUAGACCAGCAAGAGAUUAAAUGGCACGAAUGUCACGUGUGUGAGUACAAAGCCAAACAAAAAGCGCAUUUACAGAGACACAUAAUCACCCAUCAUUCGGAUGGUCCUGAUGUGGAGUGGUACGAAUGUGAUAAAUGCCAAUAUAAAACUAAACUCAAAGGACUAUUAAAAAGUCACACUAAUUCCCGACACUUGAACGACGAAGACAUUAAGUGGCACUACUGUAAAGAAUGUCCGUACAAAGCUAAAAGGAAUUUUCAUUUGAAAACUCACAUAAAGUCGCGCCAUUCGGGGAAAUCCAGGGUUGUUAAAACAAAAGAACCUAAAAGCUACCAGUGUGACAAGUGCCCGUACAAAUCCAAACUCAAAUGGGACUUGAAAAUUCACAUAAACGCGCGACAUAUGGACGAUAGUGACAUAAAGUGGUUUUGCUGCACGGAGUGUCCAUACAGAGCUAAAAGAAACUGUCAUUUGAAAAGUCACGUGAAUGCGCGCCAUCUGGAUGCGAAUUCUGUAGGUGUUAAGCGGUAUGAAUGUGACAAGUGUGCUUACAAAGCCAAACGAAAAGGUGAUUUGGAAGCUCACGUGAACGCAAGGCAUUUGGAGGGGGACGAAAUUACGUGGUUUGAGUGCACCCUGUGUCCGUAUAGGGGUAAACAAAACGCCCACUUGAGGAAACACAUGAUUGCGCGACAUACGCAGACAAAAUAG